GCACCUUCGGGCUAGCAGCUUUGCUGCUGUGCCAGGUGCAAGGCGUAGUGCUGGAGACCAAGCACCGGCGUAAGGGACGCUUGGAGUGCCCUCCGGGCCCGGAUCCGUGCACAUGCAACUGCGCGGAGAAGCCACAUGCUCUCAGCAAUCUGAUGACUCAAAUGUUGCCGGGCGGGCCGCCCCCGCCCCCCAAGUGGCCGCAGCUGCCAGAAGCACCACCUGCGUUCCCACCGCCGCCCCCAGCGGCUCCAAGGGCGCCUCCCCUGCCACCACCGCCACCCCCUGGAGCUUUGGCGGACUUGCCAGAGAUGCCUGAUGUGAAUCCAGAGGACCUUCCUACAUUGGGUCCUGUGCCACAGCCGCCUUUGUUGCCAUGCAAUUUGGAGGAGGCAAAGUCGGCACCAUGGCUGUUGCGAAUCCCGUGCAAUCUGACCGAAGCGCCCGAAUUGGUCUCGAUGGAUCACAUCCCAGAGGGCUCGGCCUUUCCCUUCCAGGUGAUGCAAGGGCCUCCGACGCUCAGCAAGCCUCCUCCGGUCUACCCUGUUGCGCCUGCACCAGCACCUGCUGGCGCACCAUUGCUAGGUGGAAUGACCAAUAUGGCAUCAAAUCUCCCUGGCACGAACAUGAUGAAACCAGGAAUUGCCGGAGCCAGUCUUCCUACCAACCCCUUGGGGAAUACCAUGAAUGGCAUGCUCAGCGCGGCCCAGCUGGACAAGUCAGUCCCAAAAAAAUACCGAAAAGCGCCCUACAGCCUUCCUGGAGAAGAGUGA